GCUCCCGACUGCGAACCUGUUACUGAUCAAGUACAAAACAGACAAAAGAUCGAAGCUGUUGAUCGAUCGUUCUUAGAUUCCCACGAAAAUGAACUUGGCGAGAUCUGCAAGUCCGCCGGAUGGGGCGCGUUACGGGGAAAGACAGCGUCAUGUCCAAGUUUUUCACGAAUUUUGUCCUUGCUCCUUCAGACCGAGAAAAAUGCGUCUAUCUUGGUCUCUGAUAAGUUGUUUUGAAAUCGCGGUCUUGUCGCUAGCGAUGAUAGUUUAUUUCUUCAUUAGUAGAACGACUCUUCAGAAUAUCAUUCCCGAAAACCAGAACUCAACAAAAACAGUCGUCAUAAACGAGCUCUCAGAAUGGAUGCUGAGAUUAUACGCAAGCUCUAUCGUCACUCAGAUCACUCUACUCAUCUGCGGAAUGACAUUUGGCGAUGUGAACUCUCGCAAAAUCAUUUAUUGGGGACUUUUGGUUGGCAACAUUUUAUCUGUCGCCAUAUAUUCUGCAUUUGUACAUAGCAUGUCUACUUGGAAUGCUGCCAAUAUUGCAUAUGUGGCACUGCCUUCAAUGUUUGGCUUUCUAAAAAUAGUCGUACUCGUUUUGAAUCCGGUGUGGUGGGUCUGGAAGACGUCAUCAUUCGUAUAAGCCUCUGCUUCAAGGCGAAUUCAGAAAAUACCCUAUGCGACCGACAUAUUAACAAAAACUAUUUAUCCAAUCCAGAACACAAAGAACCUUUACAGUGAUGCACAUAUAGAAUAGAAUGAAUACAAUACCAGCUUACAUCCAAAGAAAAACGGUAUUUUAUUUCAUCAAUAGAGUAUAUAUACAUAAGAACAACGUAAAAGGGUAUGAACAGCAAUAAAUAGGCAUAGAGCAUUCAUACUACUUAUUUGGAAAUUGUUCUUAAACAUAAGACCCAGCUCAAGCGAGAAGAGAUAAUUUUGUUUGGAUCACUGCUCAAGCAGAUAAGCACCAAUUAUUGACUACAGCGAGUAAGCUCCUCUUGGCCAGAUAUUUUGUUUACUUGCCUGGUGACCAUCCUAUAUAACUAUAAAUCUUUCGCAAAAUAAAUUAGCUGAGAUUCGUGCUAAA